AUGGGAUCUCCCGAGGAAAUUUGCGCUUCUUUGCGCGCCCAGAUUAUCGCCACGGAAACACAGCUUGCAGGGCUGAAACGCGACCUUGCAAACGCUGAACAAGCGGCGCAAUCGGAGACCGCAACGAUUCAGGAAAUCCAACACGAGGAUCACAAUGGCGAAGGAAAAAGAUGGCCGUUGAUUCAGGAAGAAUAUAAGCGAUAUGGACGCCAGAUGAUUGUUUCACAGGUUGGCCUAAAAGGUCAACUGAAACUCCGAUCGGCAAAAGUUUUGCUUGUUGGAGCCGGAGGACUGGGGUGUCCAGCUGCGCAGUAUCUUGCCGGUGCUGGCGUUGGCACUAUUGGGCUCAUCGAUGGGGAUACAGUCGAGGUAUCGAAUCUCCAUCGCCAAGUGCUACACCGAACGAAGAAUGUGGGGAAGUACAAGGUGGACAGUGCAAUCGAGUCUUUGCGAGAACUGAAUCCGCAUCCCACAUACAUUGCGCAUCGCACACACCUUACGCCCGAGGAAGCGCCCACAAUCUUCCAGGAUUAUGAUAUCAUUCUCGAUUGCACCGAUAAUCCGGCAAGUCGUUAUCUGAUCUCGGAUACUGCAGUGCUUCUAGGAAAGCCAUUGGUCUCUGCGUCCGCCCUGCGGACCGAGGGCCAGCUGAUGGUGUUGAACAACCCGCCCCGAGCUCCGGGCGACAAGACUGGAGGGCCUUGCUAUCGCUGUGUGUUCCCGAAGCCACCACCGGCUGAUAGUGUGGUCAGUUGUGCGGACGGGGGUAUUCUGGGGCCGGUCGUUGGGACCAUGGGCGUCUUGCAAGCCCUAGAGGCGAUCAAGGUCAUCACUGCACCUGGGAUUGAUGGAGAUUCAGAUGUGGCCACAGCUCGUCCACGGGAUCCCCCAUCUCUGCAUAUCUUUUCUGCCUACUCGUCGCCACUAGUCCGCACAAUCCGUCUUCGUUCGCGCCGGGCUAAUUGUGCUGUAUGCUCUGCUGAGGCAACUGUUACACUGGACACAAUCAAAUCAGGCUCAAUGGACUAUGUCUUCUUUUGUGGAUCCACAAAUUUGCCCUCAUUACUCGGUCCGGAGGAACGUAUCUCUGCUCGAGAAUAUGACCAGAGACAUACAAAUGUCACGUCCGAGUCGUCACAACCCCAUACGAUAAUUGACGUCCGAGACGAAACUCAGUUUGGAAUCUGCAGCCUGGAGAACAGCAUCAACAUCCCUAUCUCAAACAUCCUUUCGUCGGGUCAUUCUGCUGGGUUACAGAAGGCCGAUGAUGGGCAACAAGCUGCACAACUACCCUCUUGGUUACCAUCCGAGGUUGCUUCGUCAGAGUCUACGAAUCCCAUUUAUGUCGUCUGCCGUCUAGGGAACGACUCGCAGAUUGUUGUCAAGAAAAUGAAAGAGCUAGGACUAGACAAGAAUGGGAAGAGAUUCAUUGGUGAUAUUCGCGGAGGACUACGGUCAUGGAAAGAACAAGUUGAUUCAUCCUGGCCCGAAUACUAA